ACCAAGGUCCUGAGAUCGCAGAUCUAUGAGGAACGCGCAAAGAAGCUGGGUGAACGCUAUGGCCUGGAGAUCAAGCCCAGCGAGUGGUACUCGGCCGAGGGCCAUGCUCUGCGUGUCGAGAAGCCAAUUCGCAUGCGAGUCCACCGAGAAUGUCACAAGUGCGGCCAUACCUUCGGACUCGCCAAGGAGUGCCCGAGCUGCAAGCACCCACGUUGCAAGGAAUGCCAGCGACGCCCACCCAAGCGGACCGAGGCCGAAAGGGAAGAGAGCCGUCGGAAGAGGGCGGCGCUCCUGAAGGAGCGAGCGGAGAACCAGCCCAUCAUCCCUGACUGGGAUCUCUCGGAAAAGAAGGUGGUCCUGACCCGGCCAGGCAAGCGGGGAGGUCAGGAUUUGAUCCACAGGAAACCACGACAGCGGGUGAGGAGGACCUGUUGCCAGUGUGAGAAGCUCUUCACCGCCGGGAACAAGACGUGUGGUGGAUGCCAGCACACCCGUUGCACCGACUGUCCCAGAGACCCAGCCAAGAAGGAUAAAUAUCCUUAUGGGUAUCCCGGGGACGAGUUAGGAGCGAAGACGAUCGCCCGGUACGGAUGUCACGAAUGCAAAGCACCUUUCCCACAAGGCGCUGCGGUAGGAGCCGACUGCUCUCGAUGCUCGCACAAGAGGUGCGAUUCGUGCCAGCGUCUCAAACCACGCAAGGUCGAACCAGAACCCGAUCCCGAAGUGUGGAAGGCGGUCCAGGCCAAGCUCGGAGAGCUUACCCUGAAGUGA